AUGAUCGGAAUAGCGGACGUAAAGCUAUUGAACUUGGGUAUGCUCUUUCCUUUUGUCGAAGUGGAAUCGUAG